UGCGGGUCAUCUGCUGCAAAGGCAACCUGAUCCAGAGCCAGGAGGGCGGGGGGGAGCUGCAGAGGAGCGGCUCCGGGCGCAGGCCCCCAAGAAAGCUAAGAAGAGGACAGCAGAGGGAGCCAACUCCAACGUGUUCUCCAUGUUUGAGCAGGCUCAGAUCCAGGAGUUUAAAGAGGCCUUCACUAUCAUGGACCAGAACAGGGACGGCUUCAUCGACAAGAACGACCUGAGGGACACUUUUGCUGCUCUAGGACGUGUCAAUGUGAAACAGGAAGAGAUUGAUGAGAUGCUCAAAGAGGCUCCCGGCCCAAUCAACUUCACCGUCUUCCUCACCAUGUUCGGUGAGAAGCUGAAAGGUGCUGAUCCAGAGGAGACCAUCCUCAACGCUUUUAAAGUCUUUGACCCUGAGGCGAAAGGCUCGCUGAAGAAGGACUAUGUUACACAGAUGCUAACAACGCAAGCAGACCGAUUUUCCCCUGAAGAGAUGGAGCAGAUGUUCGCUGCAUUCCCCCCAGAUGUGGCAGGAAACCUGGAUUACAAGAACCUGGUUCACAUCAUCACCCACGGAGAGGAGAAGGACCAGGAGUAAACCUUUUCAACAACAAAUAGAACGUUUAUCUUUUGCCCGUACAUGACUUGAACCUGGCCCGUGAAGGAGAUUCUGGCUCUUUGUUUUUGCUGCUGCUCAGUUCUUACUCAGGAGCCCAAGACAAAAUGUGCGUUCACAGGCCCCAAAAAUGGACAGUAACCAAAGUGAGCUUCCUCUCUGCUACCUGUAUGUUCUUACAUUCAACUGAGGCAAACAAAAUAUUUUUUAUUUACCAUUACCUACGCUUCACCACACCAUCUAUGUAUUUUAUCCAACUGUUAGGUCUGUGAAUGUUCGUCUAAUAAAAGUUUUAAAAUA